AGAAAAAUCUUGAGGCUUGUCCAAACCUACUCAUGUUUAUAUUGGAGCCUGUGAGUGACAUCAGAGCAGGGAGAGUAUAAACACCAGCAGGACCUACUCUGGGCUUUAAAACCUGAACACGCCACUGCCUCCAAACUGCCUAGGGGGUGAUGUGCUGAAGUGGCACAGGGCAGAGCACCAUGAGGCUCCAGCUGGAGAAGCAGCUCGUCUUUCUCUCCCUGCUCUGCAUUCUCUCCAAGGUUUGUGCCCAGCUGUGCCGGAGACCAUGCUACUGCCCCUGGGUGCCACCCCACUGUCCCCGCGGGUCCCCAUUGGUCCUGGAUGGGUGUGGCUGCUGCAAAAUCUGUGCCCGACGCCUGGGAGAGUCCUGCGACUUCCUGCACGUGUGUGACCAGAGCCAGGGGCUCGUCUGUGACUACAGCUCAGCAUCUGCAGGGACAGGAGGCACCUGCAACUUUGAAGACGAUGAGGAGGGCUGCGAGGUGAACGGCCGAGUCUAUCGAGAUGGGGAGAUUUUCCAGCCCAGCUGCAAAAUUCAGUGCCACUGCUUGGACGGGGGCUUCAACUGCAUCCCGCUGUGCCAGGAGGAUGUUCGGCUGCCCACCCCGGACUGCCCCCACCCCCGGCGCGUGGAGAUCCUGGGGAAGUGCUGCCCCGAGUGGGUCUGUGCAGCCCAGGACCAGCACCUCCUCCGGGAUGCCAGAGCAGUCCCCGGGGCAGUGUCCCCGCUGCUGCGACACCCCUGCCAGGAGUGGGGCACGGAGUGGAGCGCCUGCUCCGCCACCUGCGGGCUGGGCUUUGCCACCCGCGUGUCCAACCAGAACCGCUACUGCCGGCUGGAGAGCCAGAGGCGGCUUUGCAUGCUCCGACUCUGCCCGGCCCUGCCGGCAGCGUUCCCCGCGAGGGGAAGAGGAGCUCGUUUGUAGCUGUGCCCACCCCGGAUUCACCCUGGAGCCAAUGCCUCAUCCUAGCAAAGAGUCUGGCACAAACCCAUGGCACUGUGGUUAUGGUGAAGAUGGAGGAUGUUUCCAUUGGGAAAACAGAGACGAAAUUAUCAACUUUGGCUGCAAAUGAGGCUGGGAACAAGAGAACAAGAUCCCAGUGUCACCAAUCAUCUGCCUCCUUUGUACACCCCAGCCCUCUGCCCCAGGCAGAGUUACUGGGCAGCAUUCCGAGUUCCUUAGGCUGAAUGAAACGGGGAAAUUCUGCUCCAAGCAUAAACACACCUGAGAAACCAGGAAUUGGUCCUUUCCUGGAUCAGUGGGGCUUCUGAAGGGGUCAUGCUGCUUCUCUGCCACAUCAUGCAGCUCUGCUUUGCAGGGACUUCAAGAGAGACCAUGUCCAGCACCUGGAAGCCAAAAUCCCUGGAAGGAAGCUUCAUACCCAGCCCACAGGGAGGGAGCUGGUCAUCAAGCUGCACCCCAUGAAUCACUGCCACACCAGGCUGAGCUGCUGGACCACGCAGGAGCUCAGCCAGUCCAUGGUACCCCCUGCAACCCAGCAGCCUCCUUCCCGGGCAUGGGCAGGCUGCUCCUGAUGGCAGCUCUAAUUCACCUUCCCCUCAUCCCUCCAGAAUAAACACGAGCCUUCCCGCUCUGCCUGGCCUCCUCCUCUCCAAAGCGCUGAUGGUUUGGCAGGGCUUCGGCCAGCGAAGAGCUCAGACAGCGAAGACUCCGCCCGGCGCACCAGACAUACCGCCCGCCAUCCAAGCACAAUUCCCCGCGAGCCGGGGACAGGGGAAAGCGGGAAAAAGGCAAAACAAAUCGCAAAGAUGAGUCGGUGCCGCCUCCCGACGGGCUGGAGCUGCUCCAGCCAUGCAGGAGAGCUGCUCUGGCUGUACUUUCCCGCAGUAAAAAGUCCUUCUUGGUGAUGGGAAGUGAAACCCAAAUGCCCUCUAACGGCCUCGCACAGAUGUGCAGAGGGAACGCGCGUUCCACCGCGGGAAGGGAGGCUGGAAGGAGCUGUGGCGUGUCCAGGUGAGAGAUGGACUUAGAUGCGUAUUUCUGGAACUAAAAAUAAAGAUGUGCUCAUCCAGGUGCGGAGCUUGUCUUUGCAGGGUGAGCCCAGUGCUACUGUUCAAGACCAGCUCGGUGGAUGCAGGAAAGUCCUGGUACAGGGUGGGGCAGCUUGAGGCACCUCAAUUCAGGCUGCUUAGACUGACCUAAGAGAAGGAAAAAGAAAAAAAAAAAAAGUGAAUUAAAACACUGAACAUAUUAUUAAAGUUUAUUAUAUCCUGGUUUAAACCCUUCACUCUUACCCAGCCAUAAGCUCUGCUGCUGGCACAGCCCUGGCCAUAGCAGUGCCCAGGUCUCCAGUGUUGGGAUGGGUAGGAAGCAAGGCAGGGCAUGGCACUACUGCACUGCUGCUGCACCUGCAGCCACAGGCACAGCCUCCUCUCAGCCUCCCAAAAAAUCAAUGCCCAAACUCCCCUCCAGCUCAUCCCUCCUACUGCCAGGCCCACACUUCCCCUAGUUCCCCCAGACUGGGAUUUCCCCAGCAUGAUGCAAACACCAUCACCAGCUGACUACUGGCCAGGGCAGAUCUGGAGGUGAAGGGGCAAAAGGCUGCAUGGCAGGGGAGCUACUCUCUCCAGCCCAAGGAAAAGCCUCCCCAGCAGCAGCAGAAAAGGCAGCAGGGCCAAGGCAACUCACCCACUCUCUCAAGCCUUGCAGGAACUGAAAAUAAAAUGAAAGUCAAGGAUGUGGUUCAGUCACCUCUUGGGGGGAAAAAUAAAAAGAGAAAGAAAAAAAGAAGCCUCACUGCUCUCGCAGUAAAACAUUGCCUACAAAGAGAAUUAUUUACUGCAAUCAUCUGGUGCUCAGCCUGAAUACAAAUCAUUAAUUCUGUUUGAUACAGGCACAUGGUGAAUCUCCCGCAGACAGCAAAUCACAGAACAAACAGCUUUGGUUGACUUUUCUAGUUCUCUGGGGGCCAUGCCAAACAAGUGGUGACCUAAAGCUCAUGGAGACUUCAAAACUACCAGG